UGCGCGGUCAUCAGCCACUCACGCUGAGCUCAGACUCAUUCAGGCCUUGUUGACGCUCAGACUCACAGUUUGAUCGCGCUCCCAGACACGAUGCCGACCAUUAAACUGCAGAGCUCUGAUGGAGAGAUGUUCGAGGUGGAUGUUGAGAUCGCCAAGCAGUCUGUGACCAUCAAGACCAUGCUAGAGGAUCUGGGGAUGGAUGAUGAAGGAGAUGAUGAUCCAGUUCCUCUGCCCAAUGUAAACGCCGCCAUCUUGAAGAAGGUGAUUCAGUGGUGCACACACCAUAAAGACGAUCCUCCUCCUCCUGAAGACGACGAGAAUAAAGAGAAGAGAACGGACGACAUCCCCGUGUGGGACCAGGAGUUCCUCAAAGUAGACCAGGGCACGCUCUUCGAACUCAUUCUGGCUGCAAAUUACUUGGACAUCAAAGGUUUGCUCGAUGUUACUUGCAAGACGGUUGCAAACAUGAUCAAAGGCAAAACCCCCGAGGAGAUCAGAAAGACUUUCAAUAUCAAAAAUGAUUUCACAGAGGAAGAGGAAGCGCAGGUACGCAAGGAGAACCAGUGGUGUGAAGAGAAGUGAAGACCCCGACGCACUUUAACACUACGGAUUGUUGUAAGAAAGAAAGGUUGAGAUAAACUGCACUGCUUUGUUCAUAUUCCUCCCCAUCUAACACAAUAAACAUAGUCAAAUCCCCCCUGUGUUUAGCAUGACCAUUUCCCUCGCUCGUGUGGUGUAAACGCUGGUUUUAUUUCCUCUCCCACGUGGAGAAAGCGCUCCUGUGUCCACGGCGGUUAUUUUUACCGGAGCUGACGGAGGAUUUAUUAUUAUUAAUAUUGUUUUUCUUUCUUGAGUCGAGCCGAGCAGCUUAAGACAGAUUCUGUUGUUUAGUUUAGUUUGAGGCUGAAGGUGGCGCUGUCUGCAUCCUGUGUUGUGAACAGAAGUGAGUGUGUGUGAGUGUGUUUCUCCUCCUCUGUUCUCUCUGUUUAGGAAACUCCUCCACACUUCUGCUCCUAGGAUUAUACAUAUUUUAAUUCCAAAACUGAAUAAAAGCUGAUUAUUGUGGGA